AUGUGCGUCCCAGGCACUUCUCCUCGACUGUGGAAGCAAGGCCAUCUUGUCACAACAUCGCGGGAUACACCGCCUGCCCCACAACCACCAAGGGCACCCGAAAAACUGGUGAACCUGGUUUGCUGCCUGCUACAGAGCAUGGGAGCUUUGAGCAAGCUGCAUUGCCGUGCCCUCAUGGCCCAAGUGACCCACAGGGCCAGGCUUCUGGAGAAGAUGAAGUGCACUCCUGCUCAUCUGCUGCCCAUGCAGCCAAAGCUGUGCGAUUUGCACGCUGCAAACUUGUAUCUUCAAGCAAUUGUCUUUCUGUACAUUGGGGCACCUGAAGGCAUCCAGCCUUGCUGCUGGGACGUCUUUCAUGGCCCACUGUUUCAUUUCUUGUGCAGGUAUCCUGGGGAACUGCAUGGCGUAAAUUUGUCCCCCUCCUUGGAAAGCGUUGAGUGA